AUGAGUGCUUUAAAAAAAGAGCAGAUAUCCACAUUACAGCUCAAAAUAAAUGAUAAUGAUUUUACUUGUGGAAUUGAAGAAUGGAUGCCACCUUCACAUGAGCUGAAAGGUAUUGUUUUUAUUCGUCAAUCUCUUAGCUGUGAUUCUCCAAUUGAAAGUGGUUAUUAUUCAAAUCGCCUAAAAAAACCUCCUAUUUGUUAUUAUUGUGGUAAAAAUAAUUCAUUGGUGGAGGCAACUGACGAUUUACUUCAUGGAUAUCAAUCUGUAUAUCCACUUUGUUCUAAUUGUCAACUUUCGGGUCAUUCUUUUCAUAUUGGGGUAAGAAAAAAGUUGGUGAAUUAA